AUGCUGAUGCUGAUCGCAGCAACUUUGACUUCGCCCACAAUGUUGGGUACCUAGGAAAUCACCGACGGAUAACAGACAAUGCAACGAACUGCUUUUCCACCCCACCCAUGUGGCAACCAGGCUUUGUGGCAUCAUGAUCUACUGACAUCUCCGCCAUCCUGCCAGUGAAAGAUGUACCGUAAGGUGAGGUUUUUUUCAUUCUAAUUUUUGUCCUUUGCACAGAAGUAUCAGGACAAUACAUUCUAAUCUAAGGACCCCCGGUGUCUCGAUUGCAUCUCCAGGUGCGCGCAUGCCCUAAUAUUAUAUGUGAGGCGUACUGUUCCUAAUACAAGGUAAGGUUAUUUUUUUCUCAUGAGUCAACAUGACAGGUGAGCAGCCGAGCUAGACCAAAUACUAUGGUUCAUGGCUGGUGGACUGCAGGAGCGAUCCUCCCUAAAAAUAGCUUUUACAUCUUACUCUUGUCUGUGGCCUUCGUGCAAAUCCCAGCAGUACCCGUCACCAGUAACCCGGAUUGUGCCAGGAGCCUGAGUCCCGGUGAUGGUGUAGGACAAUGGGUGUGCCCUGCCCCGGCUUUUAAAGGCUCGAUGCAGCGGAAGGUUAAAAGUUGAUGUAAAGAAUAAUGGAGCAGCA